CAAUGUUUUGGACACUCCUGAAAUAUUCUGGUCUGAGCCCGCUUACGAACCACUAUACGCUGCAAUAAGAGGUUAUCUUGAAAUUUCGCGCCGCGUUGAGCUUCUCAACCAAAGAGUAGCUGUUAUAAGUGAUCUGUUGGAUAUGCUUAAGGAACAUCUUACAAGUUCACAUGGGGAACAACUUGAAUGGAUAGUAAUAGUUCUAAUUGCUUUCGAGAUUAUGAUUGGUGUGAUUACUAUUCUAAUCGAUGCCCUUGCAUAUACGAAGAAAGACGGUUAA